AUGAAAUGGGGCACCAACGGGCUUGUAGCAAUAUGCGCAAUGCUCUUCCUACGCGACCACUACAUCGAGUUCCAACACGUCCGCGGCUCCUCCAUGUCCCCCACUCUCAGUCCCGACGCGCACGAGACAGGCCGGGAAGACUACGUCCUCGUGCGCCCAUACCUCGAGCGCUCCAGACGCGGAGCAAAGAGCGAGCAAAACGACAACAACGAAUGGGGCGUUAAGCGCGGCGACGUAGUGACGUUCUGGAAACCCCAUAAGCCCUCUGAAAUGGGUAUCAAACGCGUAGUGGCGAUUGAAGGCGACACUGUAUAUCCCGUUCGCGGCUACGCUUUCGAUCCCGCGGCGCAUGCGGACAGAGUGCAAGGGUCGCCGGAUGGACUUGCAGAUUACGACCCUGAUUCUGUUGUCCCUGAAGAGCAGCAGCGGGAGCUGGGGAAGGUGGUGGUGCCGUAUGGGCAUGUGUGGAUUGAAGGGGAUAAUUGGCGGAAGAGUCUUGAUAGUAAUGAUUUUGGGCCGAUUAGCAAAGGGUUGAUUCAGGGGAAGGCGGUUAAGGUGUGGAGGGACUGGUUUGGACUGUUGGAUGUGGGGGACGAGAGGAAGAAGGGGGAAAGAGGGAUGAGGAGUCGGGUUGUGGAGGGACGGAGUGAGAUUCCUGCGGUGUUCUUGGAGUGA